ACAGAUUAAAACACAUACAGCUUGAACACUAGAUAACGGCAAUAAAUAGCGAUAAAAUAUUAUGACAUUUUCCCCGCGAUACAACUAUAGACCUGUACGUCGUGACGUACUUUUAUAUUGUGACGUCAUAUAGUAUGAAGUGCACCGAGGUACAUUUUAUGAUGUUUGUUUUAACUUUACUCGGGACACCUUAACCCUGCUGCGAAAGAUUUAUGGUUAUACAAUGCUAAUUUGUGUUUUUUUUAAUUAAACAUGUUUCGUGUCAGACCUGCAUGCUAUCAUUAUUAAAUCCCCUCUUCUGGGAUAUCUAUUUAGCAUUUAGCGUUUUUGUAUCUCACAAAUAUUUAAUUCAAUUAGUGAAAUCAAUGCAUUCUUUUUCGUAUAAAAUAAGGAAAUUCCCUGAACUAUGCACUAAAAUGUUGACAAGCAGAAAAGGAAGCUAAACAUUGUUCUUGCCUAGACUUCAUAUCCCUAAUUAAAAUGAGGAGUUAUCCGUUCGUCCAUCAAUUCAUCAGUUCGUUUAAGGUUAGAUUUUUUACCAUUCAUUACUAGUAUCAAAGCAGUACAGUGGGGAGCCAAUCUGCCAAUAUAUCUUAUUUUGCAUUAAAAAUUAAGGAAAAUGAACGUUGUCAAAAAAGUGGAGAAGCAGUCUUCUGGAUUUAAAUGUGCCUGGUACAAUGGUAUAUCAAGUGCAUAUUCCCGUGCGCGAAUCUGUCGACAUUUGAUAGCAUGAGCAUUCAUAUAACUAGAUAAACUAACAAUACAACCCACAAAUUAUAAUGCUAUUAAUUGUUCAAGAUGUGCAUAUUACUAAUUACUGGAGAGGGUUGUUACAGAAGUUUUAACCCUUUCAUUUUGGAAGAGAGAGAGAGAGAGAGAGAGAGAGAGAGAGAGAGAGAGAGAGAGAGAGGGGGGGGGGUACAAGAGGUCAAGCUUUAAAUCAAAACUGGAUCGACGUCAGAAAAUGUAUUUUGACAGCAUCAAAUUGUGGUGCUAUAAUAGACAAUCACGGCAAACUGACAUCUCAUCUAUAUGACAAACGGGCUGAUUUCGGCUUCUCCAUCGUCAACUUCCCCUAUUUAUGUAGCAAUAUUUCAUUAUCACCUGCAUAUGGUGUUUAUAUAUCUCAGCUGAUUCGCUAUACAAGAGCUUGUUCUGCGUAUAGUCAGUUUUUAAAUCGAGGUAAGUACCGAAAAACAAGUUGAUGGUACAGGGGUUUCAACAGUCUCGAUUGAAGUCAGCAUUUCGCAAAUUCUAUGGUCGUUAUAACGAUCUAGUUCGUCAAUACAACCGAUCAUUCAGUCAAAUGCUGUCUGACGUGUUUCAUACCGAUUGUUAAGCCGUUUUUGGCACAUUCAUUUUGACUACGGAUAACUCGGCUUACCUGAACAGGAUAUAGUGCUUACGGCGGUUGUGACCGGUCAACAGGGGAUGCUUACUCCUCCUAGGCACCUGAUCCCAACGCUGGUGUGUCCAGGGGUCUGUGUUUGCCCAACUGUCUAUUUUGUAUUGCUUGUAGGAGUUAUGAGAUUGAUCACUGUUCGUUAUCUUCACCUUCCUUAAGAUCUAAAGAUGCUGGUAAGUAUUGGCUGUUAUCGUUAUCAAAACACAUCUCUGGGGUCCCUACAACAAAACAGCAGCAACUGAAAAUGUUCAAAUCUUUACGACAAAUGCAGGAUGAGCGACGUACGUCGACAUACAAAAAGAGAUAUCGGGAGAUCACCUGAAUGACUCAGGUGACCUAGAACAUACCAAUAAAGGUCACUAAAACACGCGUCAAAAAACAAAAAACCGUGACCUCAGCCUGCUAUUCGCUUAGAUUGUCCAUACAUGCUUCUGAUAUAAACAGAUUAAAUAAAUCAAGUGACCUUAUUAUUCACACUUUCAUGCGGUGGUUGUGAAAGGCUGGCGAAAGGCCGGCGAGUUACACGACAUGCACCCAUAGCAUAUUAUGAAUAAUUACACGACAAAUUUCCGAAAUAUUGUAAUUAUAUAUCAAGUACAUUAAGAAUACAUGGUAUGUCAGGAAAUAUAUAAAAUACUAACAAGUACUUGCCCAUCUUAAAACAUUCUCUUUUUCUUUUGCAAAUAUAUUAAAUUGCACAAUGUGGAAAGGUCAGAUCAUCAGUAGUUUACAUUGCAAGUGGGUGAGUCUUUUGAUUCGCCUUGAUGAUGGACUUCCUUUAAAGUGCUAGAUGUCGUUUGUAGGUGAUGACUUACUGCUUAGAAGGAAAAUGAAACCAAUGAAGAGUGCAGGAAUAAAUUAUUUAAUUAAUUACGUUUUAUUUAUCUCGUUAUCGGCGAAUAUCUGGCACAAACAAACCGUGAACGGUCAAAUCUGUGGACUUUCAACAAAUAUCAUCAAAACCUGCGGACAGAAGCUGAUAAACGUCAGUGCCGCUUCUCUUGAUUUCUAUACAGAUAAUCUCCAUACAGAUUGCCAUUGUUCGUUGAAAGCUAGUCGGAAUGGAUCCAUUCAAUUUCAAGUCCGGUCGGUUCCAAACCAGGAGAAUUGUUUUAACCGAAUUAAUAUUCGAACUGCACACAUUUUGGGAGGAUCUCUCAUUUAUUAUAACUGUGAAUUGACGAGUGGAAAAAUAAACGUACAGGGGAAUAGUGACGUCAUGUCGAUAUGGCUUUCGCAUUCCCGUAACAGUACACCAGUCAAGAAUGGAUUUUUCUACUGCCUUAAAAUCUCAAGUAUCGAUCAUGAAAACAAAUUAAAUUUACGUUGUGGUGAGAAAUCUAGUGCUAAAAAGGAAACGAACGCACCCUCUUCCUCACAAGACACACCAUUCCUUCUGAUUGGGAUUCUUUGCGGAGCAUUUCUCCUUGUUUCUGUGGCGAUUGUUAUUGUUAUUGUCGUCCUACGUCGCCGAAGGUCCAAACGGACCACCAUCCACACAACACAGGGAACGGCUCAGUCAAACGAUGCAGAAAAGACUAAUAAUCCUGAAGCAACAGAAGACGAAACAGGAGAGGAAACGGGGCUAAAAGAAAACCCUUUGUAUCAAUCCGCAGAUAACUCUCAUUAUACAUACAUUGACUGUAACGACAUCACUAGAUGUGAUAACACUGUUGCCAGCGUGUAUGAAUAAAUCUAUGUUGUGUAUUUUA